AUGCCGUCGAGUACAUGUGAAACAACGUCACAAUCCGAAAAUCAAAUUUCCCAUGGUCAACAAGGCAACAAAACGUUUACAUCGUCCACGCUUUCUAUUAAAGAAUGUUCUCCACAGUAUACUAUUUCGAUCGUUGUCUCUUUCGACUUCGGCUCGGAUGAAUGUGUUCAUAUUCGAGGAAUAGAUAUUAUGGGAAAAGAAGAGAAAGAUAUCCGAUAUAUAAAAAUAUCAAUUGAAAGGUUUUUGGGUAGGUUGACGGUCGGCGAUAUCGAAAUGAAUGAUUUGGAUGAAGCUGAAUCACAGGCUCAAUAA